AUGCGGCAAAGGGAUCAGGUCUUUGCCAACCACGGCAUCCCUCUACUGUGCGAGGAGGCAGACGAGCUUGCGUUUCGACUGCAGUACAACAGGUACCACAAGAAGACCAUUGAAAGGAUCAUGCUUGGGCUGGCCUUGCCGUCCUUUGAGCCUUACGUCAACCGCAGCAGAAACAAAGACAUCCUCUUCACAGUCUGGAACACCCUGGCGUUCAUGUUGGAGAUCGCUCGGAAAACCAUAGCGGACCUCCGGAGAUCUGAGACCCCCAUGAUGCUCUCUCCGCACGUGAACAUGACGAUUGACUACUUGCAUGGCGUCCCUUGGACUUGGAGCUGCUCGGACUCCAACCCAGUGGACACAGCUUGGAAGCACCAUACUGUGUUCUCCUUUGAGGACGCGCAAUGUACAAGUCGACUGCUGACCAACGAAAGCAUUUCUGUCUUCCUCUUCGUCGGAUUUUUCAUCCCCCUGACGGCGGGGAUCGAUGGCCAGUCGGCCGCAUGGCUGUGCGUGACGGAGGUCUUGUCGUACGUGCUGAGUGGACUGUGUGUUGGCCAUGAGCUGGGCUCGAUGGUGCACGUGGUUGUUCUGCUUGGCACCUUCACCCUCGCAAACAUCCUGAUCUGCAACUCGAGGAUCAGUGCGGCUCGAGAGCGGUUCAUGCGCGAGAAGGGCCUGAAGGCUUCGACGGCGCAGACCCUCCAGCUGCUCUGCACCAUGAUCCCGAGGUCCCUACACACCAAGUUGAAGCAUGAGAAGCAGAAGCUGUUUGUCGGCAACACGAUGGAUCACUGCACUAUCAUGCACCUCAGGAUCUCUCCCGCGGCAUCGGAGGACGUGUCACGGCGGCCUCACGACGUGUUCAACCUCGUCGACAAGGUCUUCUCGGACUUCGACUCGCUCGUCGACGCCUUCGGCAUGUUCAAACACUACCACUCAGAGGACGUCUACGUCGUGGCUUGUCCGCGUGCUGCGUGUCCCUUCCAGGCCCCUGUCAACCAUGCGGCGUACGUGUCGAUCUCGGCCAAGAAGAUGAUCAUCCUUGCUCAGCAGCUGAUCGAGCGCUCGAAGCUCUACCGCUCCCCGUCGGGAGAGGUGCUAUGGGCCAAGGUCGGGAUCCAUGUGGGGGAGGUGGCGGGUGCGGUGAUCGGCCACCAGAGGAGGUUCUACUCGCUGUUCGGCAGCACUAUCCAUGACUGUCGGAGGCUCUGCGACGCGAGCGAGGCGGGGCGGAUCCUCUGCUCAGAGCAGCUGGUGGAAAUCCUCAGGAAGGACGUGAGCACCUGCCUCAUCUAUCACAGGAGUGAGGCUGGUGAGAGCCAGCUGGGGUCGGCGUACUUUGUGGAGGUGGACGAGGAGAACUCGCUGGACCUGGAUCCUGAGUCGCUGUACUCCUCCUCGACCUCCAACAUCCCUCGCCGAGAGGAGGAGCACCCCAUGUCGCUGCAGACCGCCUCCAGCGCCUCCAACGCCACGACAUCGUCGGGAAACGCGAUGGAUGCAGAAACAAGCGUGUCGGAUGCCAGCAACUCCAACACGACCUGGAGGAUUUUCUUGCAGGAGGAUCAAGAGGAGGACCUUGUCGAGAAAAGCAAGAGGAGCAGGGAGGCCCUCCAUCACGUCAACUCGACCUGGUGCGAGUUCGCCGACGUGGCAACGGAGGCGAGCUUCCUGGAGAGCCGAGCCAUGAACGUGUUCACCCGCACCCUCAUCGGCAUCUUCUGCAACAGCGUUGUCUUCCUCUCCUCUCUUCACGCCCUCAAGGACCUCAGGAUCUUGCAGGUGGAGGAGUACCGCCACGUCAGCUGGAGGAUCUCCUUCAUGCAGUUUGCGGGCUUUUCUGUUCAGCUGAUGAUUCUUCUCUGCGGCCUCGUGGCCUACUUCAGCCACCUCCGCUUCUUCCACUCCGGGUCGGUCAAGACUGCCGCGAGCCUCCACUCGUGUGUUGUGUUCUGGCAACGCGCUCUCGUCCUCUGCAACUUCGUCUUCCUCGCAGCUCUGGUCCUCUGCGGCAUCUGGAUCAACACGACGGGAUCUUGCCUCCUCUUCUUCCCGGUGUUCAGUGCCAGCAACCUCCUCCAAGCUGGGUGCCAGCUGAAGGAGCACACCAUCAUCAUGCUGAUCACGACCGGGCUGACCGUUGUGCUGAUCUACUGCUGGAUCCCCGGCAUGUCCCUUGUCGCCAUCAUCUUCACCUACUUCGUCCUCUACAUGAGCAACAGGGCGCUCAAGGAGUUCAACUGGGUGGAGAGGGAGCAGUGGAGCGCGUCCCAGCUGAUCAGCGCAGAGAACAAGGCCAUCCUGCACAUCCUCAACGACCUGUUCCCUCCCGACAUCGCGCACGAGAUCGUCAGCACAGGAAGGAUCACCACCAGACUCCGCAGGGCCGUCGUCCUCGUCCUCGACAUCUCCUGUUUCUCCCAGCUGACUGCCCAGCUGACCCCCUUGCAGGCAGCUGAGCUCUUUCACCUCCUCUUCUCCCGCCUCGACAGCGUCGCCUCCUCCUUCCGAGCUGCCUUCAAGGUUGACUCGCACAACGAGACGUACAGCUGUGCCGCCUGGGCGAAGCCGGGGGAGGAGCAGAGCAUGUGCAAGAGGAUGGAGACGAUGGGGAGGAGGAUGGUGGCGGAGGUCAUGGAGGUGGCGAGGGAGAAGAAGGUUGAUCUGCAUGCCACCGUCGGCAUCGCCAUGGGAGGGUGUGUAGCUGGAGCGAUAGGAAGGCUCCAGCAGCGAUACCAGCUGAAGGGAGAGGCGAUGGAGGAGGCGAGGCGGCUGCAGGCGUGUGCGGGGAGAAACGAGGUCAGGAUGGGGGAGGCGGUGAAGAAGUUGGUAGGGGAGAACGAAAUGUAA